GACCGGUACUCUGUUUUCCUUCUCAAGAUGUCUCGCUUCAUUUUUAUUCUACAGCUAUACUUUUGCAUAAUUCUUUCAAAGGCUGUGGCUCAAGACGGUGAAGAAAGUCGAGCUAUUGUUUUCAAAGAACCAAUACGGAACAAAGUCAUGGAGGGGCACUUAAUCAGGCUUGUAGAGGUACCCCACCAAGGGAGCUGUAAUGUGCUAUGCUAUAUGGAGCCCAGUUGUGUGUCCAUAAAUUUGGGGCCUUCGCAAGGAGGCAACUAUAUUUGUGAGUUGAACAAUGCUUCAGACGAAAGUCCAGGCUCAUCCGAUCUUCACAGUAAACAAGAUUAUAUCCAUCUAAGCAUCGAGAAUCCAUGCAGCAGCAGUCCCUGUUUCAACAAUGGCACAUGUCAAGCUGGAUACACUGAUAAAGGAUUUCGUUGUAAAUGUCCUUCAGGGUUUACCGGCGCAUACUGUGUUGUCAGAGCAGAAACAGGCAACCUUAACGAGACAAUGUUCCGUAAGAGCUGGGACGUAAAGGAAUUCAUUGGUCAAUACGCUCAAGUCAGACUAGUUGAUAAGAGUUCUGGUGAUUGGGGUCACAUCAAAUUUGAUGAACUUAAAGGAGAUAUCAUUUGUCCUCACUAUUUAGACGAAAACAACUGAAGAGAGAGUAAGGGCACAAAGGAUAAGCGUUUUUCAGGUUUUCACUUACAGAUAGUCACCUUUGGUUUGUUAGUGUCAGGCAAACAAGCGCACCACACACAAAAUGAAAUAGAACAAA